AUGUACGUGCCGCAUGUCAAGACCCGCAAGGUGGCGGUGCUCGGGUUCCGGGCGGUGGGCAAGUCGUCGCUGACCAUUCGCUUCAUCGAUGAUGUCUUUAUCCAGGCGUACAACCCGACCAUCGAGGCCACGUUCAACAAGACCUUUGACGUCGAUGGCUCGCACUACCACCUUGAGGUCGCUGAUACCGCAGGCCAGGACGACUACUCGAUCCUACACUCGCAGUACGCCCUUGGCAUUCAUGGCUACAUCCUGGUCUACUCGGUCGCUUCCAAGAACUCGUUCGAGACUCUCAAGAUCAUCCGCGAUAAGAUUCUCAACGUCACAGGUGCCGCAACUAUCCCCUGUGUCCUCGUCGGCAACAAGUCUGAUCUCCAGUUUGAGCGACAAGUCCCGCGCGAGCAGGGUCAGGCUCUGGCCGACUCGUGGGGCUGCGCCUUUGUCGAGUCGUCCGCCAAGCACAACGAACGUGUCGAGGACAUCUUCAAGCUCAUCAUCCGCGAGAUCGAGAAGACCACCCAGCACUACGACAUGCCUGCAGAGUCUGGCUGUUGUUGCACCAUCAUGUGA